GCGAGCAGAGAAGAGAACCGACUUAACUCUCGACUCUUGGGAUUUUGUUUCCCAGGGAUGGCCGCAUCUAUUCUGGAGGAGGAAGCUCGCUAUGGUUCCAGUCCUCUUGCUAUGCUAACCGCUACCUGCAACAAGUUUGGCAGCACCAGCCCCGUGAGGGAUUCAGCCACCCCGGGCAAGGCUGGCACCGGUAGCACCGCUCCAGGCAAGAAGCAGUACAGCAUGACCUCAGAGCUCCAGGGACAGAGGAACGGCAGAGGAGGAGGAGAGAGCAUGGAGAACUCCUACACCAGUUCGUUCAGCGCAGGAGGGGGGUUACUCACACCCACUGGCAGCCCUCCUCCAUCCUCUGGGGGGUACGCGUCAGAGUACAAUCCCUUCUCCCACUCCUUCCAGACCUCCGUGUCCCAGGGCCAGGACCAGUCCCUGCUGGUGUCCAAGGCCCAUGCCACGGCCGACUGCCUGACCAGCGUCUACACCUCCCUGGACAUGACCCACCCUUACGGCUCCUGGUACAAGGCAGGCAUCCACCCCGGCAUCACUGCCGCCCCCUCCAACGCCACGUCCUCCUGGUGGGACGUCCACCCCAAUACCAACUGGCUGAGUGCUGCCCAGCCCCAGUCCGAUGGCCUCCAGGGCUCCCUCCAACCCGUCCCUCCCCAGGCCUCCCUCAGCCCCCAGCUGCCCAGCUACACCUCUGACUUCACCUCUCUGAAUCCAGCUCAGUACCCCUCGGUGGGCCUGGGGUCCUCAUCACACCUCCUCCAGUCCUCCCAGCACAUGCUGCCUCAGGACAUGUACAAGCCCAAGCCGGUGUCUGGCGGGGGGCUGAUGGAGAGUCAGAUGGGCCUGAAGCCUGCUGGUGGAUCACGGGGGUACAGUGGAGGAACCACCACUGGCCGGUCCAACUGUGACUGUCCCAACUGCCAGGAGCUGGAGCGGCUGGGGGCCUCGGCUGCAUCCCUGAGGAAGAAGCCUGUUCAUAGCUGUCACAUCCCAGGGUGUGGGAAGGUGUACGGGAAGGCCUCGCAUCUCAAGGCCCACCUCCGCUGGCACACCGGGGAGAGACCAUUCGUCUGCAACUGGCUGUUCUGUGGGAAGCGCUUCACACGCUCCGACGAACUGGAGAGGCAUGUCCGCACGCACACGCGGGAGAAGAAGUUCACCUGCCUGCUGUGUAACAAGAGAUUCACCCGCAGUGACCACCUCAGCAAGCACCAGAAGACGCACUCUGAGUCAGCCCUGCAGCAGGCCAAGGCUGGGGAGGGAGAGGCCCAGGACCCCAGGAACGAGGAGACGGCAGACCCCAAUAACCCCAACAUGGCCGCGCAGAAUAACGUCCCUAGUGAGCCUACUACCAACGGAGAGGAGAAGACUGGCUCAGCCAAUGGGGUAGAGACAAGCAGUGGACUGCUGGAGAUAUAACUUCGCACGCGCACACACACAUACACACACACACACACACACACACACACACACACACACACACACACACACACACACACACACACACACACACACACACACACACACACACACAAUUUCUUCAUUUUCAGUAAGACAAACCACUAUUGAAAUUAAAUCUGUAAGAUCAGAGGGAAAAAGCCAAGAAGAAAAUGUGUGUAUCUAGUAUGAGGGAGGUAAUGGAGCGUUGCUUUGCUAUGGUACAUUAUUUGUUCAGUAAGAACCAGACUCUGAUAUCUGGUACGUCUUGUUUUGGAGUUUGAGUCUGUACGCUUCCUAUGAUGUCUUAUUUAAUUUUAUAUUUACACAAAUAAUCUAAUUUAUGUCUUAAAUUAUAAGCAUUAAAGAUGAUCUUGCAUUGUUCAGGCAGUGCAUUAUUGCAUAAUAAUGGCAAGAUAAAGCUGGCCAUUGAUAAUUGAGUAAAUUAAGAUUUUUUUGUUUAUUUUAUUUAUUGAUUAUAACCAAGGUGAUGUUGUUGGUGCUAUCGUGUUUGAAGAUUUAUUUAUAGAUCUUGAAGUUAAUUGUUUCUGAAAACUAUUUUCUACGUAACCUUUCUAUUGUGAAGUCUGCACACCUGCCACGUUGAUAGUUGAUAAAGGCGUUCUCCUUGAGUUCUCCUUGAGUUCUCCUUGAGUUCUCCUUGAGUUCUCCUUGAGGUCUCCUUGAGGUCUCCUUGAGUUCUCCUUGAGUUCUCCUUGAGUGUUCUUAUUGCUGUAAUGUCAGGUGUGUUCUUUUUCUGCCUUUUUCUAUUUUGCUGAUAAACCUCUUUACAACUAACUCUAAUGACUCUUGGCAACAAUAAUAUUAAGACACACCAGUUAAAGUAAGACAGAGAUCAGAUGCAAUAUGUUAAUGUCUUCAAAUAAAGUCCAAAGUUUAUCACAUCAAUGCAUGAUGGAUAUUUGGGAUAAUAAACUCCUGAUAUUUGUGAUUGAACUUCAAGAAUAAAUUUAGUUUGAACCUUUGCAGGAUGUGGAAUGAGCUAAAUAAUGAAACAGUAAUUCAGCAUGAGCUUGGUAUAGGAGUAUAUCUGAGUGUCAUGGUUUGGAAGUCAUGACAUGGAAUGAUGCUUCAGUAAAAAAAAAAAGAAAAAAAAAGUUUUACUUUGUUCAUUGGUGUUAUUUUUGUUUUGUUUUUUUCCAAACCCCUAAGUCUCAUCUCCCCACUUGGUUCCAUAAAGGUUUAUCUUGCAGAAGUAGCAAGUGAUCCCAAAAGUCUAAAGGUAAAAUGCUACAUAGACUUGACACGUUCAACUCUUCUCUAUCCUCCUAACUCUGUCCAUCCAUCCCUCCCUCCCUCCUAUAUGUCUCCAUCCCUCUCUCCUCUAACUUACUGUAUUCCGUCCAACUUGCUCUCCUUGCCUCCACCUCUUAAACCAAAAUACCUUCAUAAUCUUCUUGCGGGCGGCAAAAACAAAGCGGUCGACUGAGAUGAACUCUCUGGUCAGUCGACACAAUGACCCCUUUGACAGCACCACUGUAGUUACCCCGGAGACAAUCAGGCCCCUCUCCAGCCUCACAUAGUUAAUUAGACCUAGCUAUGGUCCAGUAAA